AUGUUAUAUCUCAGUUAUACAAAUGGUAUACGUCUUUUUAUUAAUGGACAAUUUAUUACCUCAUCAUUAAAUGCAGGCACACUUUAUCUAUAUGAUCUCAGUACACCUCAAUAUAUUACAUUAGACAAUGUUGGUUCAUUGUGGCCAGCAUCAUGGAUUACCUGUGCAAGUGGUAGUAUAUCUUAUGCAUCAGGAUCAUUCUCAGUUGCUACCGAUGAAUUUCCACUCUAUAAUCGAGAAUUAGACAGUCAAGAAAUUUGUGUAUUUGCUAAUCUAUAA